CUUGUUCCCUCUAAUCAUUCCGAUCUUCAGAUUUCUACUGGUCUCGAGCCAGAGAUGUGAGAGAGACCAUCACGUACCUCUCUUUUGAUCCAUUGAAUUGCUUGCUGCUAAUCUAAUUCCGGUUCUGUUAUACUAUAUACCACUAGUGUUAAACUCUAAUCUUGAUUCAAGCCUCUUUGUUGGAUUAAGAUCACAGAUUCACAGGUCCCUCAGAUCAAAUUUCCUCAAAAAAAAGAGAUGGGUAUAUACCUUAGCUCCCCCAAAACGGAUAAGUUUUCAGAAGAUGGAGAGAAUGAUAAACUUAGAUAUGGUUUGUCCUCUAUGCAAGGCUGGCGUGCCACCAUGGAAGAUGCUCAUGCUGCAAUUCUUGAUCUGGAUGAUAACACUUCCUUCUUGGGUGUCUAUGAUGGCCAUGGAGGUAAAGUUGUUUCAAAGUUCUGCGCCAAGUAUCUACACCAGCAGGUUCUCAGUGAUGAGGCAUAUGCAGCUGGAGAUGUAGGGACUUCUCUUCAAAAGGCUUUUUUCAGAAUGGAUGAGAUGAUGCAAGGACAGAGAGGAUGGCGAGAACUGGCGAUACUAGGUGACAAGAUCAAUAAGUUCAGCGGAAUGAUUGAAGGGUUUAUAUGGUCACCAAGAAGCGGUGACAGCGCUAAUAGACCUGAUGCUUGGGCCUUUGAGGAAGGGCCUCAUUCUGAUUUUACUGGACCUAACUCUGGGAGCACAGCAUGUGUGGCUGUUAUCAGACACAAUCAGCUCUUUGUUGCAAAUGCUGGUGACUCACGUUGUGUGAUAUCCAGAAAGGGUCAGGCUUACAAUCUUUCUAGAGAUCACAAACCAGAUCUUGAAGCUGAGAGAGAAAGGAUAUUGAAAGCUGGUGGCUUUAUUCACGCUGGUCGUGUCAAUGGAAGCUUGAAUCUAGCAAGAGCUAUCGGUGACAUGGAAUUCAAGCAGAAUAAGUUUUUGCCAACUGAAAAGCAAAUCGUUACCGCCAGUCCUGAUGUAAACACUGUUGAACUCUGCGAUGACGAUGAUUUCCUUGUUCUUGCCUGUGAUGGAAUUUGGGACUGCAUGUCAAGCCAACAACUCGUUGAUUUUAUACAUGAACAGAUGAAUACGGAAACCAAACUCUCAGUGGUAUGUGAAAAAGUUCUAGAUAGAUGCUUGGCUCCAAACACAGCUGGUGGUGAAGGCUGUGAUAACAUGACCAUGAUCUUGGUUCAGUUCAAGAAGCCUGUUCAGUCCACAGAACCUAGCCAAGCUGAAGCAAGCUACAAUGAGCCUAGCUCAUCAAACUAGCCCCAUCCUCUGAGUCAAGGAAGAUGAUGACAUAUAGUAGUUUGGUUCACAUUGUAAAUUCUUUUGAAAGACAUUAAUAGCACAAUCUGACUUUCCUGAAGGUUAGACUUUUGUCCCACGAGUUCCAAUAAUACAGAAGGAAUGAUUGACUUGUUA